AUGAAUAUUUUAUCUGAACUGUUACCCAGUAAUAUAGCCAAUAUUAAUAAAGUACAGACAUUAAACCUUGCUCAUGGACACAUUGGCGAUACAGAAGCUCAACACAUUGCUAAUGCAUUGGAAAACAAUACGAAAUUAACCAUACUUGAUCUUGACUAUAAUGAGAUAGGAGCAGAAGGAGCAAAAUAUCUUGCUGAUCUAUUAUCGAACAACAAGACACUGGCCACACUUAACAUUGGAAAUAAUCAAAUUGAAGAUCUCGGAGCAGAAUACUUAUCUAAUGCGUUGCAAAAGAACAAGACAUUGACCACACUUAACUUAUUUAAAAAUCAAAUAGGAGUAUCUGGAGCAAAACAUCUUGCUAUUGCAUUAGAAAACAAUACGACAUUAACAACACUUGAACUGGAAGGAAAUCAAAUCGAAACAUUAGGUGCUCAACAUUUUGCUAAUGCAUUACGAAAGAACAUCACACUAGAAAUACUCGAUAUUCGAAGCAAUCGAAUCUGCAACGAUGGGGUUCAAUAUCUAGCUGAUGCGUUACAAGUCCACACGAAAUUAACUGAUCUCCGACUCAAGCGUCAAACCAAGGGCAUGGAUUCAACAACUUAUCAAUAA